GCGACCCUCCCGGUAGUGUCUCGUCGGAGCCAAAAUGGCGGACAGUGUGAACGCGGCUGCAGAAGCUGAUGUCGGUUAAAGAACGCACCCGGACCGUUAGACAUCCAGAACCCAGACCCCGCAGCACCGAGGACACCGGAGAGCCUCCUCAAGAAUAGAGCCGUCCCCCGGUACCUGCUGGACGGUGGAGAUGGCGGAGCGGAGGGUGGAGUGCACGUGGAAAAGACACGUGUCGGAGCAGCUGAAGCUCAGAGACAGACUGCAGAGACACGCCUUUGAGGAGAUUGUCCACCAGUAUAACCGUCUCCUGGAGAAAUCAGACCUGCAGGCCGUCCUCUCAGAACGAUACCAGGCGGACAAAUAUGACGUCCAGAGAGGACAUGAGACCAGUCCUGCAGACUCAAGUCGCAGCGACGCCCUGCAGCAGGAGAUGUCCCAGAUGAGGAUCAGACAUCAAGAGGAGCUGACGGAGCUCCACAAGAAACGAGGAGAGCUGGCUCAGAGUGUGAUCGAACUGAACAACCAGAUCCAGCAGAAAGACAAGGAGAUCCAGAGCAACGAGGCCAAGAUGUUGGAGUACCAGCAGCAGAUCGCCGGCCUGGAGGGAGACUGUCGGGACCUGAGGAGCAACCUGCAGGACCUGGAGAGGGCCAACCAGACGCUGAAGGACGAGUAUGACGCCCUGCAGAUCACCUUCUCUGCUCUGGAGGAGAAGCUGAGGAAGACCACUGAGGACAACCAGGAGCUGGUGUCCCGCUGGAUGGCUGAGAAGGCUCAGGAGGCCAACCGGCUCAACGCAGAGAACGAGAAAGACAGCAGGCGUCGACAGGCCAAACUGCAGAAGGAACUGGCAGACGCCGCCAAGGAGCCGCUGCCCAUUGACCCGGACGACGACAUCGAGGUGCUGGCUGAGGAUGCAGGGAAGGUGGGCGGAGAAACGUCACCGAACCGGCCACUCAGCAGGACGUCCAGUAAGAAGACCUCCCAGCCUCCUCCUGGUGGUCUCCUGGACUCCAUCUCCAACAUCUUCGGCGUGUCUGAGUGUGUCCAGCCUGGACUCGUCCCCCACUGCAGCAGGCGCCGACCUGCCAACUCUUUCAGCACUUCCCCGGAGAGCACCGAGGCGCCUUCAGGAGUCUGUGCAGAGGUCCGAGUGCCGUCCACGGCGCUGCAUGUCUUUGAAGCCCACGAUGGUGAAGUAAACGCAGUGAGGUUCAGCCCCGGCUCCCGUCUCCUAGCAACAGGAGGGAUGGACCGCAGGGUGAAGCUGUGGGAGGUGGUCGCUGGUCGCUGUGAGCCUAAAGGAGCUCUGACUGGCAGCAACGCUGGAAUCACCAGCAUUGAGUUCGACAGCGCUGGUUCCUACCUGCUGGCCGCCUCCAACGACUUCGCCAGUCGGAUCUGGACGGUGGACGACUACCGACUGAGGCACACCCUGACGGGUCACAGUGGGAAGGUUCUGUCAGCUCGCUUCCUAUUGGACAACGCCCGGAUCGUCUCUGGGAGCUACGACCGGACGCUCAAACUGUGGGACCUGCGCAGCAAAGUCUGUAUGAAGACGGUGUUUGCCGGCUCCAGCUGUAACGACAUUGUGUGCACAGAGCAGUGUGUGAUGAGCGGACAUUUUGAUAAGAAGGUCCGGUUUUGGGACAUCAGAGCAGAGAGCAUUGUGCGGGAGCUGGAGUUGUUGGGCAGAGUGACGUCUCUGGACCUGAACCAUGACCGCAGUGAGCUGCUCACCUGCUCCAGAGACGACCUGCUGAAGAUCAUCGACCUGCGCACCAACGCCGUCCGGCAGACCUUCAGCGCUCAGGGCUUCAAGUGUGGAGCUGAUUGGACCAGAGUGACGUUCAGUCCUGACGGCAGCUACGUGGCUGGAGGCUCGGCAGACGGAGCUCUGUACGUCUGGAACGUCCUGACGGGGAAAGUGGACCGAACUCUGGACCGGAACCACAACUCUGCCAUUAACUCGGUGUCGUGGUCGCCGUCUGGAGCGUACGUCGCCAGCGUGGAGAAAGGCAGCAAAGCCAUCCUGUGGUCCGACAUGUGACUGGAUGAGGAAGGACUGCUCUGUGGAGGCCGGCUGCUGCUUCAGCCACAUGUUUUCUGAGUUUUAAUGUUGUUCGUUUUAAGUGUGACAGAAGAAGACUGUUGGUGGCUCUGACGGUUAAUAAAGUUUUAUCUGCUGGACGGACUGCGACGUCUUCGUCCGGCUCAGAGACGUUUUCAGGCUGAAGGAAGAGGACAAGCUGAGGACAGGACUCUGAUUUAACUCCAUAUCUCAUUACAGAACCACUGUUUGAUCACAUGAUGAUGAUGAUUAAAGGGACGAGGAAAGA